AUGUCGUCACAAUCCGCGCUCGCAUCGACAAACGCUAUCGGCGAUACGGUGACAAACGCAAGCGACUAUGGCACCUCAGACACGGACAGCACGCUCUCUGAAUCUAGCGAAGAGCCCAGCAGCGACGAGAGCUCGAGCGAAGAAGAAGACGAUGAUGACGAAAACGACGACGGUGAAGACACAGAAAUGGAGCUAGACGAAGCAAAAGGCACAGAUGGCGUCGUCAACCUCCGCGCAAACAGAGGCACAAAACCCAUCAUGAAGCUGACCAAGGCUGAAAUGGGCCCCGAUAUCAGAGGUUUUCUCAAGGACUUCCUGCCGCGUCUCAAGGCUGCAAAUGAAGAGCUCGAGGCACAGAAGCGGGCGGGUACAUUGAGGAGGCUAGAUGCCGAGGACCAGCAAGAAGGCGAGCCGUACAUUGAGAUGGAUCUCGGACUCGGCGUGCUGGAAGAGAAAGACCCAAACGCAGCGGAGAGCGACACAGAAGGCACGAGCGACGCCGAAGAAGAAGAUGACAACAAAGAAAAGGACGUCUUGGGGAAACUACUGGGGCGACGAGAAAAGCCUGACCCGGCCAAAAUCGAGGUUCUUCCAAACACGACCGGCCCAUGA